CAUGUCACGACAAUUGCACAUAUUGCUGACUGUUUUGCUGACCCUCCUGACAUAGACUGUGACACCAAUCGGGUAUUUAAGUUCAAAUCCUGCCCACCCGGACUACGCUUUUUCAACAACAUUAAACCUUACUGCUUGCAACUAGGCUUUAUUUCGUAGUAGCCACUCUGUUGGUUGCGCAGAGGAGGUAGACGUUGAAAGCCAUUGCUUCCAGUUUCCAAACCCUUCACGGCCCUUGUUAGGAGUUUGACCUGAAACUCUUUUUAAAACAAACAUAUGGCCGGACGACAGAAGAGCCGGCCAGUUGCAGACUACAGCGCGGAUUUCGAAGUAGAGGACGUGCCAGCUCCUCGCAGCGGCCGAGACCGGGAGUAUAGUCGAGGCACCUCUGCUGGUUCCGGCUUGUCAAGAUGGCCGAAGCAGCCCAGGUCGCCAUCCUCCACUAGCGGCACCCUCCCCAAGCAGCCCAUUGCCGACCUGGACCCUCACCGCCUGGCGCAGCGACAGAAGCAAAUUGACUACGGCAAGAACACGUUAGGUUACCAGCGCUAUUUGGAGCAAGUCCCCAAGAACAAGCGCCGGAAGAAGGGCGACCAGUGGCUGGACCCAGUGACGCCCGACAUCAACCAGAACAUCAGCAAGCGCUGCUUUGACGGCCAGAUCAAGGUAUGGCGCCGGGCGCUCCACAAGUACGACUUGCAGCCUGAGGAGGAUGAGCAACACGUGCGACCCAUUGCGUUCGCUGAUCGCAAUCUGGAGGACGUUGCCGCCGCUGCGCCGUCAUCGCCAACCAACUCGGGCAGGAGCCGGGGCUCUCUGGACGGCUACCUGGAGCCCAUGCACGCGGACAGCAGGCGCAAGCGCUGCUUCGAGAGCGCAUUCGACCACGUGACUGGCGGUAACCCGCACCCCUCCAAGCUCCUUACAAGCCCAGCUGGCCCCAGACCCGUCGCGCCCCAGUCUGCGCCGCCGGCUACCGCAGCCGAUGCCGAGCCCGCACCCACACCCGCCGGCCGCUGCGUCGACCCUCCCACGGCAUCCCUAGACCGUGCUGGCCUACCUCGCGGCGCUGUCUCCCGCGGCGGCUCCGGUGUAGCGAAGGUGCCCCUGACGGCCCCGCCCGCUGCUGCCAGGCGUGCUACAGCCACCAGCACCGCCGACGCGACUGAGGAUACUGACAUGGUGUCGGGCAGGGGCGGCAGGAAUGGCGCGGGGGAGGACUUGUUCCGGGAAUGGGAGGAGGAGGACUUUGCUGGGUUGGAGGCGUUUGAGGAUGAGGAGUUGGAGGGCGUGCAGCUGUAGGACGGUGGGUUGUGGGAUGCAGCGGAUUUGGGUUGCAGCUGUGCAUGCUUUCGGGUCCUGUGGGAGGCCGUCUCACCGGGUGGGGUUGCAGCGGCUGGUAGCCUCUGAGGCUGCAUUGUAUCCGCUCGUUGCGAUUUAGCAUACAGUCUGGCGUUGGGGCAGUGAGUCUUGUUUAUAGACCGCAUGAGCGCAGUGGGUCCGGGCUGUCCCAUGGGUCAGUUGCAUAACGCCAAACACCAAACAGGGUGUUUCAUUGCUGUAUACCAUUAGUGGGAUCUACCAAACACAGAAUCCUUUUCUGGCUUCAUUUUGGGGCAGCUAUCUGCUGUUUCUCUUUUAAAUUUUGUAGAUUAGGAUACGUCGCUCACGGACGGAUCUCGUGUUCUCGUCUGGUAACUGCGUGAGUUUGACUCCUUCGAAUUUGAUGUUGGUCAAGCAUUUGAGCCUCUGCCAUGCGUCUUUAUGGCGCCAAGGGUUACCAUAGCAGAUGAAGUGCAGCAAGCUGUAGUUUUCCUCUUCAGGUCACUGUCGAGGUGUGGGUUGUAGGUCCAGCUGUUGGGUAUCCUUGCAUGCAGGCAUUAUGUCAUCGUGCCAGCUCUGUUUGAGGGUCCUCUUCAAUCUCAUAUUUUAGAUAGUAGGUUAGCUUUUACAUCCCUCUUUCCUGCGUGUGAAUACUGUCGGAUUUGUGCCUACUCCUGCAUAAGUCAGUGGUCUGGUCAUGUUAGGUCCUGAAACAUAUUGUAAC